AUGCCGGCGAAUGUUCCAACUCCAUUUGUCUGUAGAACGUUAAAUGCACAUAUUUUGAAUGCCGUAAUUGUGACAAUUAUAAAAAAGUCUUUUCGUGAUGGAAUUUCGGCAUUGAUAUGGAUGAAUCGUGAUAUUAUGAUUGCGUUGAUACAUCAGGUAAUCGAUUUAAUCAAUAGAAAUGAUGAUAUGUUUACUGUUGUACCGGAAGAUUCAUUUGAUCACGGAAUGGUAUUUGUUGUUGGUAGCAUUGAUGGUGAUUUGAUCAAUUUGUUGACAUUGUUGAAAAAUAAAAUGCCACCAAUGGCUUAUUACGUCUUUUUAGGUGAUUAUUUGGAUUGUUAUGAACCAACACGAAUUGAUGCAUUAUUAUUAUUGCUAAGCCUGAAAUUACGUUUUCCACGACAUAUUUGCCUUUUUCGUGGCCAUUAUGAAACAUAUGAGAUGUGUAAAGCAAUUGGUUUUGAUAGAGCUAUUAAUGAUGAUCGAUUGUUUCAAAGUUUUAUCAUACUCUUUGAACAUUUGUCUAUUGUUGGACUGUUUGGUAGUACGUUAAUACUAAAUUGA